AUUUUAAUGUAUAAUUAUUUAUGACUAUCACUGGAGUCGCUGGAGAUAGUGUUUGUUUUUUUAAAAUUGUUUUUAUUCAUGCCUUUAUCAUUGCCUUCAUCUUAAAUUUUAGACGGGUUGACUAAGGAUCACUUGGGUUUAAGGGCCAAAGCUACGACAGUAGUGUGCAUUCUCACAUACGGUCUUGUCUCAUCGCUCGUUCUUAUCGUCUAUCUGAGCCAUGUGAUGCUAGGCUGUCUCUCUUCUGUAUUAACACCCUCCUGCAGUCAUUCCAUCCAUCAGGGCUCCAGAUGGAUCUUUAGGUGCCAAGUACAUGCAUGUUGAGAGUCCAUUUGUCAAGUCUGUGUAUUGUUUUGUGUGUCAGCAGAGGAGAACAUGGAGGGGGUCGAUGUUACUGUUACUGUUACGCUAUGUCAGGGGUGUCCAAAGUCUGGCUUGGGGGCAUUUGUGGCCAGCAGCUGUAUUUAUUUUUUACAUUCUUUAAAAUCUAAAUUAAAUUUUUAUUAUUGGCGUGCAGCAUUUUCUGAACAUUAACCAGACUUUGAGGUUGCUGUUUAUUGAUGAUGAAAAAUUUUGCCUAUUUUGUUAAUUUUGUAAACAUCCGUCUACUAUUUGACUUAAUCUAUAAAAAAAAAUAAUCUAAAAAAGUAUUGGCUUAAUAAUUAUCAAUUUAUUAAUUGUAAAUAACUUUUGAAAAAAGAAAUUAAGCACACAUAUUUGAUAAAAAUAAAAAAAAUGUAAAAAUGGCAUGACUUAGCAAUUUUCCAUGACCAAUAUAAUGAAUUACAAUUCUAAAUUAAACGUUGAAAAAAUGAGAAAACGGUAAUGACUUCUAUUUUAGUUUUGUUUUUUAAUUUGUUUUACCGCUUGGCAUACUUCGACAUACAGUGGAUUGUUUUUAGUGAUAAGCGGCACCUCGUCAGGAAAUAGUUUGGACCCCCCUGCUCUAUGUGGUGAUUGUUUUUGUGCCUCAUGGCUUUGACAAGAUUCUUGUGCAGUGCCCCUAACUUUCUCCUCUCUCUCUCUUCUUUUGUCCUCUUUCUCUUGUGUUUUUGUCCCCCCCUUUUUUUUUAUUUUUUAGAACAAAUCUCCAUGCCUGUUUGCUCAUCAUUAGCCUAGCAUGUCUUCAUGAUGUUGAAAGCCAAGCCACACUCUUCCUGGCCUCAUCAUCACCACCAUUGUGUCUGUGAUGUCUCUCUAAGCUCGCCCCCUCCCCCAAACCCUUCUUGACCAAUACCUGGCCACCCACUGACCUUUGACCUUAGCUCAACCUGUGUUUUUUUUUCUGCAUGUGUGUUCAUUGUUUUUGUUGUUGAAAUGUGACAGUUGGGAGAGAGGUCAAGCGAAUUAAUGUGAAAACGUACCUACGUUCAACUUUUGUUUUAAAAACCUGUGGGAUUUCUAAUUUGAACAUUGUUUUUGUUUUACUUUUCUUUUUUUUUUUUUCUUUUGUUACCUCUCUCGGUAUGGUUCACUUGAAAUACAGGGAUUGGCACGCAGCUGUGCUCUUUGGUGCCAUUAGCAAUAUGUUUGGUGGCUUCUUUAAGAAAAAAAUGCUUCAAAACCACUUUUGCAACACUUAGUCCCUCUGUUUUUGUGGCGGGCAGCGUGAAGAUGUUUCAUCAAGGCUAUUUAAACCUAGUUUUUCAUUUACUCCUAGUGUAUUUGCAAUUUUUUUCCUUUCUUCUUUUUAAACUACCAAUGGCACAAUAAAAGGUACAUUUACUCAGUUUGGAGAAAUGACUACCUACAUGAGUCAAACUUUUUUAGAACUGAUUCACAAAUAGACAAUCUGUGGUUUAAAUGCACACUUAGAUUACCUAUAUUUUAUACCAUUGAAUCUAUAGAGGUCUAACUAACAGAACCCAGGCAAAAAUGUUGGGUUUCUUUUGUAGAUUUAUGUUGUAAUGUCAUCUGUGUCGCGUAGUAUGGGGAGAGUAGUAGUCUUCAGUAUGUUGAAUUUUUAAAGAGGAAAAAAAAAUCAGUCAUUUCUACUAAAUUAAAACCACACUUGAAGUUUAAAAAAAAUCCUCUACAUUAUAAUUUUAGAAUAUAAAGCAUGAGGACUUUUUUUGUUUAUCCCCCCUGUGUUGAGGAAAAAAUAAGGUACGUUGUGUUGAUUUUCUGUGAUUUUUGUUUUCAUUAAUAAUUGAAUUCACUGUCUGAAUGCCUCGUGUUAUUUACAAUGUUUGUUAAUCAUACAGAUGCCAGACAAUGUCUUGUUUUGUUUUAUUGUCAAAGUGCCCAUGUGUCAAAUUCUUUGGGGGAGGGAGAGGGGAUUUACACAACUUACUUUCCUACAUUUCACUUUUUCUUAACACACAAGCACACACUUUCUGUGGGAGCCCCUGAAGAAGAGAUCGCUUUUUUUUUUUUUUUUGGUUCAAUUUCUUUUUAACCAGUGACAAAGUCCCUCAUGGCGGUGUUGGUUUACAAAUACAUUCCACUAUUUUCAGCAGCACAAAAGUUUACACUUGCAAAAAAAAAAAAAAAGGUGAUUUUUAUAUAUUUUUGUUUGAGACACCCUGUGACGAAAACAACCACACCUGAAAAGAUUGAUUGCGCUCAGGGUCUUUUGCUUUGUGUAUGUGUGUGUGUGGGGGGGGAAAUGUACAACUUUCACUUUUCUUUUGGUUAAUCAUUUUGCCUACUCACACCUCCUAGAAAAGGGUGUUCAAACUGUACCCUGGAGUGCCCAUUUUCCUCCCACAGCCCAUUUGAUCAUUUUUAGAAUACAGCCGUAUUCUAAAAAUAAAAUGAUUUUUGAAAGAGAUACAGUAUAUUAUUAGAUAUGACACUAAUUUGCUUUGUCAUCUAUAACACAAAGCUAAGAUCGUUUGUCUUUACGUUCACAUAGGUUUGCAUAUAUUGAGUUACACUGGAUUGGUUUGAGCAUCUUUAAUGCACAAAAUGUAUCAAAAUGCCCCCCACGUUUGGAUUUUUCCAUAUGCGGGCCUCAUUGGAAAAAGUUUGCACACCCCUAUGAAAAAAACCCACCAAAUUUUUUGGAAAAAAGUGCACAAUACUCUAUUGUAAGGCACAACAAGCACAAUAGUGGGAGCUUUUGCAGUCGUGUGUGUGUUCUCUAUAUAUAUAUCUAUAUACCCCCCAUCCCCCCACGGCUUUUCUUUUUUAUUAAAAACGGGCAUGUGCUUUUUACUGUGUGUUUUUUCUAUCUAGAUGCAAUACAGUAAUAAUAAUAAUGAAAGUGCCAUAUAUACACGUCUAGAAAACUGCCUACACAUCCUUAUCAGGCCUUGGUUAGAUUGCUGUACUUCGCCUUUUUUUUGUGUGUGUGUGUGUCACCUGCUUUAUACUUCUCCCCCCUUUAAACUCAGCUGUUAUUGCUAACAAUGUAUUGUGACGUUACUAAUUUGUAGAUAAAACUCCCAAUAAACUUUCUCUUUCUUUCUCUCUCUCUCUCUCUCUCUCUCUAUAUAUAUAUAUAUAAAUAUAUUUAUAUAUAUUUGUAUAUAUAUAUGUUUAUAUCAUUUGAAGGUUUAAAACCUGUCUAAAGUGUGAGCCCAUGCACUGGAACACUUUGCGACACAAAUGUGUGGAUUUAUUUGGAGUUUAAGAACCACUUUGUUCAAUUUGUGUGUGUGUAUGUGGUUAAGUGUUACCAGUGUUGAAUUUAAUUUGAAGAAAACAAUUGAAUAAACAAAAGCACAAUGUACAGUCAAGUCCUCUCACUUCAGGGGCUUCCAUCACCAAAUUCCAACUCCCAACAAUUCUUCCUCUUUUUAUUAUUUUUUUUUUGUAAUUUUCAAUUCUGAAGUGCUUUUUUUUUUUUUUUUUUUAAACAGUGUAGUGGCUUAGCAUCUUUAGAUAUGUCUGAUGAAAUAAGACAUAAAAAUAUGAUUUCCUAGUCUCUUUUGUGUGUCUUGAUGAAAGCCAAAGUGGGUGCAUCUUGAUGUGUUCUGUUCAUUUUAAAAGAGGGUGGGAUUUGAAACAAGGAGAGAAAAGAAAUAACAGGCUUCCCCCUCCCGAUUUCUACAACUGGUUGUUCAUAAUGUAUUUUGUACCAGUGACGCUUUUUAUAUUGGACAAAUUAAAAGAAAAGAAAUCUAAAUUGUCUGGCCUCUCAAUGUGGCCUCGCCUUGACCAGGUCUUUGCUUUGGCCUCCUGUUGCUGUCAAGCUAUACAGUAUAUUGUUACUAUUAUUUAGUGGGGAAAAAAAACAAUGCCUGAUUUUGACUUACCCCGACGUGUUCCUCAGUUAAUUCGUGUCGGGGAGGGGGUUGGGAUCCUCUAAAUGGUGGUAAGUUUCAUGUUAGUAUUUGUGCCGUCAUCUGGAUUUUUGACGUGUGUGGAUAAUUGUCUUAGUUUAAGAGUUAACCAAUUGUUUAGUUUGAGCCUUGCUUUUAUUUUGUUUUUGUUUUGUUUUUUAACUGUGUAGAAUGUUCUGUUUAUUUUUCUCCUCCCCCCUCAUAGCAGAGUGUGUAGACAAAAGACUCUGUUCUUCUUUUGGUCGAUGUUUGUUCAUAUGUGGUGUGUUUCUUUGCCUCUGUCUCCAAAUUAAACCAUUUCCCCUAAUAUGGACGGCGUCUUUGUGCGUGGCGUUUGUUGAGUGGCGUACAAACAUUUACAAAACGACCCCCCUCACCCUUUGUGUGUGUUUUUAUGUCAUGUCUCGCCGUGCUUAUUUGCUUUUCAUCUUAGUAUAGAUUUGCUUCUUGAUGUAAGCAUCAGGUGCAUCAAGUAUUAGUGUUAUUUUUCUUAAUUUCAAACCUACCUUUCAUCAUUAAUUCCAUUAACUGCUCACAAAUUUCACUUUGUAACACUGCUAGUUAAAGUCUUUAUAUGACAGCAAAUACCCCAUAUUCACAUUUAAAGGGCCAAACUACAAGGAAAGUCCAAUGUCUUGAGGCAUUUGUAAGUAAAGAAACCAGUGUUGACGUCAAGUCAAUAAGAAAAUAUAAAUAUUUUUUAUUCUAAUAUUUGUGUGCUGCAAGACUUAAAGACACAGAAUGCAGCAUUGGUCAAGCUGUGAAUUUAAGAGUAUGUUCGACUUUCCUGUUGUUUUGCAUGAUUUUAAAAGGUUUUACACGCUAUACUACUUAAUGUAGAUUAAGAAUUUAAAUGACUCCUUAAAAAAUUUCAGUUACUUUAUUAUGAUGCAAACGAGCAUCACCACAGGUGAUUUAUGUACUUGGGAAAUCACUGUGAACAAAUCCCUUUUCUAAUCUGUCAGAUGUUAUGUAAAUGAACAUUAAAACUUUUAAGCAGACACCGUUCAUGAAAAAAUGGUAACUUCAUUUCAAACUCACUAUUCGCUCAAAAUUACGACUUUCUAUGCUGUACCUGAAAGCAUCACAUGGAGUCGCCGUUGUUGUGCUAGCGAGGCCACGCCUGUGGAGCGCUAUCAAAGUGCUUGGAGUGUUUUAGUGCAUUAAACAAUGUUCAUACAAAAUUUUAAUCGUUUAAGAUGCUUGGACAGGUAUUGCGCUUCAUAAACUUUACAAAAGUACAAGCUAACUAAAACGCUUAUGAAACGCUACAGGAAGUGUUCCCGACCAAUCAGCUUCAACGCGUCGUCUCCUCCCACAGCGCGUGGCAAUCUGCAGUAUGGCGGCUCUCCGGCUCACAGUGCAUUAGUGCUUGUCACAGCGUUCUUCAUUUAAGAGAUGUCCGCCGCUCUUUUCCUGAGAAGCUCUGUGCGGAGACUACCUCUUGGUUUUCUCAGCCAGGGUGCCUGCUGCUGUUAUCACACCGAGAGAGGCGUUUACGGCUACCGGCCCAAGAAGACUUGCAGCGAGGACAAGUUACUGAGCGACAGCAUCGCUACUUUAAAUCAAGAUCAUGGUCUGGCCCGUCUGGUGGAGGCAUACCGGGCACAUGGACACAAGGCGGCCAAAAUUAACCCUUUACUGCCCCAACAGCCUGUUGUUGACAGCGUACCGGAGAUCAACAUGCUAACGGGCAGCCUCGGGGGACAGCUCAACACUUCAGGACUGCGGCAUUUCGGCAAGGCGGAGGCUUCAGUAGAGGAGGUGCAGGCCUACUUGGAGGAGGCCUACUGCGGCCACCUGUCAGUGGAGACCAGCCAGCUGAGCAGCCAGGAGGAGAAGGAAUGGCUCGCUGACCGCUUUGAGGAGCUGAAGAAGACCACUUUCUCCACGAAAGAGAGAAGGAAUCUUGCAAAGAUAAUGCUGGAGUCCCAGGAAUUUGACCACUUCCUGGCCACCAAAUUUUCUACAGUGAAACGUUAUGGAGGAGAAGGAGCGGAGAGCAUGAUGGGCUUCUUCCACGAGCUUUUCCAGCAGUUGGCUCACAGCGGGGUCACAGAUCUCAUCAUCGGCAUGCCGCACAGAGGCCGACUCAACCUCCUGACGGGCCUGCUCAAGUUCCCUCCAGAACUGAUGUUCCGUAAAAUGCGUGGACUGAGCGAGUUCCCCGACACAUCGCCGGCCAUCGGUGAUGUUCUCUCCCACCUCACGUCCUCCGUGGAGCUGGACUUCGGGGCCGGGCACCCUAUUCAUGUGACCAUGCUGCCAAACCCUUCACACCUGGAGGCCAUCAACCCCGUAGCUCAGGGCAAGACGCGGGGCAGGCAGCAGCUUCGAAAAGAGGGAGACUACUCUCCUGAUGAGGAUGCACAGCCUGGGGACCAAGUGGUCUGUCUGCAGGUCCAUGGUGACGGCUCUUUCACCGGGCAGGGGAUCGUUCCAGAAACUCUGACCCUGUCCAACCUUCCUCACUAUAGAGUAGGAGGUAGCAUCCACCUCAUUGUGAACAACCAAGUGGGAUACACCACUCCAUCAGAGAGAGGGAGAUCCUCUUUGUACUGCAGCGAUGUUGGCAAGAUGGUGAACUGCGCAGUGAUCCAUGUAAACGGAGAUGACGCGGAGGAAGUCCUGCGGGGCAGUCGGCUGGCUGUGGAGUACCAGCGCCGCUUCAGGAAAGACGUCAUCCUGGACCUGAUUUGCUACCGCCAGUGGGGCCACAAUGAACUGGACGAGCCUUUUUUCACCAACCCGGCCAUGUACAAGAUAAUCCGAUCCCGUAAGAGCGUCCCCGACUCCUACUCGGAGAAGCUCAUCUCCGAGGGCUUGAUGACAGAGGAUGAGCUCGACCAGAUGAAGUCCAAGUACUACAGCUCGCUCAACGACAAGCUGGCCAACAUGACAGUCUACAGCCCGCCGCCCACCAACCUACAGGGCCGCUGGGGAGAUCUGGUGGAGCCGCAGGCCCGGGUCACCAGUUGGGACACGGGUGUCCCUGUCCCACUGCUGCAGUAUGUUGGAGCCAAGUCUGUGGACAUCCCUGAGCACAUACAUCUGCAUGGGCAUCUAGACAAGACCCACGCGCAGGCUCGACUGCAAAAGCUAGAAGAGGGUUCCAAACUAGACUGGUCUACAGCAGAGGCCUUGGCUUUUGGCUCGCUCCUUUGCCAAGGCUUUAACAUUCGCAUCAGCGGGCAGGACGUGGGUCGUGGCACCUUCAGUCAGCGGCAUGCCAUGGUGGUCUGCCAAGACACCAACGACAUGUUCAUUCCUCUAAAUCAUAUCAGUCCUCAACAGAAGGGUCUUCUCGAGGUUUGUAACAGCCCGCUGUCCGAGGAGGCGGUGCUCGGGUUCGAGUACGGCAUGAGCAUCGCUCAACCCAAGCUGCUGCCCAUAUGGGAGGCUCAGUUUGGAGAUUUCUUUAAUGGCGCUCAGAUCAUCUUUGACACUUUCAUCUCAGGAGGUGAGGCCAAGUGGCUGCUCCAGUGCGGGAUGGUGAUCCUGCUCCCUCAUGGUUACGAUGGAGCGGGACCGGAACAUUCCUCUUGCCGCAUGGAGCGUUUCCUGCAGAUGUGCGACAGCAGGGAAGAGGGCGUGGACGGCGACACGGUCAACAUGGCUGUGGUCAACCCCACCACGUCAGCCCAGUACUUCCACCUGCUCAGGCGGCAGAUGAUCCGCAACUUCCGCAAACCUCUCAUCGUGGUCGGACCCAAGAUGCUGCUCAGGUUUUCGGGGGCCGCAUCCAGUCUGAGUGAAAUGGCACCAGGAACGUCAUUCCGCCCCGUGUUGGGGGAUACCUCAGUACCGGCAGAAAGUGUCCAGAAGGUGGUGCUGUGCUCAGGGAAACACUACUAUGCCUUGCUGAAGCACAGGGACGCUGCAGCCAAGCAAGACACAGCGUUAGUUCGCUUGGAGGAGCUCUGCCCUUUCCCUCUGGAUGCUCUACAGACGGAACUCGAGAAGUACCCCAAUGCUAAAGAGUUCAUCUGGAGUCAGGAGGAGCCACAGAACAUGGGCCCCUGGUCUUUUGUGGGCCCCAGGUUUCAGAAGCAGCUGGCCUGCAAGCUGCGAUUAGUGAGUCGACCUGCUCUGCCAGCCCCCGCCGUGGGCAUUGGUACCCUCCAUCAUCAGCAGCAAGAGGCCCUCCUCGACGCCACCUUCUCUUAGGACUGAACCAGCUGUGACCUCACUACAGAUAAGAUCAAAAAACCAAGAUGUGACUUCAUUUUUAAAACAUCAAGGUUUACUCCAUUGAAUUGUCACGCUAUUGAGGAUGAAGUCAACAAGCACAUCCUUCAAGUCAUUGUUCUAAUCUGAAGUAUCUCUCAGCCAAAUCCCUGCUAUAUGUUUAUAGAAGAAUCAGAGUACUAAACGGGAGAUAAUCCCCAAAGGGGAAUUUGGUGCAAAGCAUCAUGCAGAAUGUCAUUGAAAAAGUUUUUGAGCUUUAUAGAAUUGUUACCACUGAGUGUAUUGAAAGUUUGGCCGUGUUAUGUAACGUUUAACAUGUCUUGAUCAGGCCGUGACGGACUGUAGGUGCUUGAUUAUUAUUUAACCCUCCUCUGGAUACUCAUGGUGCUAAGGGCUAAUACGAAUACAACAAUUAAAUACAACACAAUCAGGAUAUUCAAAUUGAGGGCAGGAGUAAGUCUGUUUUGUGCUUCUGUCCCGUUUGGUACUCAUCUUCACGACGCUGAUGAAUGUACGUCCCAAAAAGCACCAAACAGCAUCUGUAUGCCCUCCGAAUCCUGUCUUUCUCAAAUAGUCUUGUGGUGAAAUGAAAUUUGUGUUGUUAUUACCUUUGAUUAAACUCAUGAAACAUUUGCUUUUAUAUUACCAAGCACAUUUGUCUACUAGUAAGUUAAAAGGUAACAAACUACUAAACCAUUUGAGGAUAAUAAAUGUAAAAUUAUCAUACACUCUAAGCAUUAACUUUGCGAAAGUUUUUUUUUUUUUUUUUGUACCAGUGAGUGUGUGGUCAUAGUAUUGGUUAAGUGUAGGUGUCCCGAACCACCGGGCCGUGGCCCGGGCCAGCCUCAUCCAUGUACCGCUACUGAGAAGCUUUUGGGUGCAAUGAUAAAAAAAAAAAAAAACGUGCAUUUGUAAAUACCUGCAUCAAAUUUUGUGUAAAUGCAUAUCAAUUUUGGAAACAUGGACCAUUAUUUUAUUUAAAAAAAUAAUACAGUCCUUGAACGCGGUCCUUGAACGCACAAUUGUGCGUGUGCUAAAAUUCCAUUUUCUCCCACGCUGAAUGGAUAGACUACUGUAUUUUUCCCAUUUUUCUUUCACCUCAUAUUUAGUCUCAAAUGCUAAUACUAUGUGAAUGCAUAAAGGUGACUUUUGAUGAUGUUAUUGAGUGCUAAUGUGCAUAUUUGUUGGUGCACAAACAAGUUAAUUCAUGCUACCACACUGCCUUUUACCACACACAUCAACCAGCGACAUAAUCUUCUCUCUGAAAAACAAACUCCAGGCUCAUGCUGGUGGUUGGCGGGUCUACAUUCGUUUUGCGCUUUUAAUUUGUCAUUCCUAUCAUUGUUUUACACAAUACAUAAUAAAUAUGGUAAAUUAGAUUGCUAUAAUGUACGAACCCUACCUCUCGGUUUAGUUUAUUUGGACCAUGCGUAUAAGGUUACAUCGAAGUACAUCAAGUCUUUUUCACAGUUCAGCAUGUCGAAAAAGGAGCAGGAAGAAGCACUCCUCUGCCACAGCAAUUACUAAUCAUUUGUUCACUUCCUGUGUUCAUUAUGUGCUGGGUUUUUAAUCAUAUGACAAGGAUAAAGAUGUGUAAUAGUAGGUAGAGUUGAUAUUUUUGGAGAUGGCUUUUACAGUAAUAAGGAGUAAAAGUGUCAGAAACAUUGUUCAGUACUAAGUAUGUCCAUAGUAUAUGUGGUGUGGAAAAAGUGUUUGCUCCCUUUUUGAUUUUUAUUUUUUUUUGCACGUUUGUCACACUUAAUUGUUUCAGAUCAUCAAAGAAAUUAAAAUAUUAGUGAAUGACUACACAGCUGAACACAAAAUGCAGUUUUAAAUGAGAUGUUUUAUUAUUAAGGGAGAAAAAAAAUCCAAAUCUACAUGGCCCUGUGUAAAGAAGUGAUUGCCCCCUAAACCUAAUAACUGGUUGGGCGACCGUAAGCAGCAACAACUGCAAUCAAGCGUUUGUGAUAACUUGCAAUGAGUCUCUUACAGCGCUGUGGAGGAAUUUUGUCCCACUCAUCUUAGCAGAAUUGUUAUAAUUCAGCCACAUUGGAGCGUUUUCCAGCAUGAAGAGCCUUUUUAAGGUCAUGCCCCAGCAUCUCAAUAGGAUUCAGGUCAGGACUUUGACUAGGUCACUCCAAAGUCUUCAUUUUGCUUUUCUUCAGCCAUUCAGAGGUGGACUUGCUGGUGUGUUUUGGAUCAUUGUCCUGCUGCAGAACCCAAGUUGGUUUCAACUUGAGGUCACCAACAGAUGGCCGGACAUUCUCCUUCAGGAUUUUUUGGUAGGCAGCAGAAUUCAUGGUUCUAUUUAUCACCAAGUCUUCCAGGUCCUGAAGCAGCAAAACAGCCCCAGACCAUUACACUACCACCA